AUCAAGAGAAAUUCUUCCGAUUAAGGCGACUCACAGUAGAACAAUUUGAAGAAUUAUUAACAAUAAUCCGAGAUGAUAUUAAAAAACGAAGCUAUAGAGAGUUUUUAACACCGGAAUUUCGCCUUGCCCUCACACUCUGUUACUUAGCAUCUGGCAAUAGCAUUGUCAGUUUGUCGAACUACUGGAAAAUAGGCAAAUCUACUGCAUAUGGGGUGAUUAAAGAAACAUGUGAGGCUAUAUGGAAGCGAUUGAAGAGUAGUCAUUUAGCACCACCUUCUACACAAGAAUGGAAACUCAUAGCAGAUGGGUACUGGUCAAGAUGGAAUUUACCAAAUUGUUGUGGGGCUUUAGAUGGAAAACAUAUCAGGUUACAAUGUCCAUCAAAAAGUGGCUCCCAAUUCUUCAAUUAUAAGCAAUUUUUUAGUUUCGUGUUAAUGGCACUGUGUGACAGCAAAUAUUGUUUUACAUGGGUAGAAGUAGGAGAUUAUGGAUCUCUUCCAGACAGCAGUAUUUUUACUUCCUCUGCAUUGGGUAAAGCCAUGGAAGAAGGAUCUCUGAAUUUUCCAGAUCCGAAACAACUGCCUGGUACUAAUGUAUUGGUUCCCUAUUAUUUUGUCGGCGAUGAAGCAUUCCCAUUACGUACCGACUUAAUGAGACCAUAUCCAAGAAGGAAUCUCACAAGCGAGGCAAAUAGAAUUUUUAAUUACAGGCUUUCUCGUGCAAGACUUACAAUUGAGAAUGCUUUCGGAAUUUUGGCAUCAAGGUGGCGAGUUUUGCGUACCGCUUUGGCUCAUCAACCUAGCAAUGUAGAAAGUAUUAUUCUUGCCACGGUAUGUCUCCAUAAUUUUAUCAUAAAUAGGGAAGAACACUUGCAGGGGUUCAAACAGUACUGCCCACCUUCAUAUGUGGAUCAUGAAGAUGUCAGUGGUAAUAUUAUACCUG